GUUUAAACACACUUUUCCCUACAAGACGAAGAUGGGAUACGAGUUCGCGCGCGAUUCCAGUGUUCGUAUGAUGUAGUUGGCGUGCGUUCGUUAUUUACCCGUUUUACCGGCGUGUUUUCGUCUCGAAAAAAAUUAGAAAAAAUUCACGAGUGAAAUGUGCUUCGUAUUUUUCACGAUUAAAGAUUCAUUUUCUAGACGAAUUUUGUAAUAAAAAAAAUCUCCUUCGUGUAAAUUAAUUUUGGUGUUGAAUAAUUUUUAAAUUUUUUUAUCGAGUUUUCGCGGUUCGAGUUUUCUUUUUUUUCGAUUUUUUCGCGGAAAUUGUUCGGAAAUAAUUUUCAUGGUGUCGGAUAACGUAGAAAAUAUGGCCAUUUGCGAUGGCAAUGUGUGAUUUUUUUGUAUAAAGAAUUUGUGAUCUGAUGUGACGCGAAGUUCAAUAUUAUACCGAAUCAACCUGUAGUAAUUUUUUUUCCAAUACCUGAUGUUUGAUAUUUUUUAAUGGUGCUUUAUUUUCAACCCCGCUGUGGUGUUCUUGCAAUUCUAUCAUCGGUGCACGACAACUUGUGACCAUACGACUGGAUCCUCAGCUUCAAGAUGGCCAUAGGAGUAUUGGCUUUGAUGGUAGCUGCGUCUGUGGCAUUGUCAUCAGUUAAAGCUUCAACCCAGGUGGACGUGAGCGGAUUGUUUGGCAAAGAAGUAAGACUGCCAUGUCAAAUCGACACGAGGACGUGCGGCACACUCCACAGCAUCAAAUGGUAUCGAGGAUCGUCUAGAAUUUACGUGUUCAGCGACGCUAUCAAGUUUCAUAAACCGGAAGGCGAUUAUAGCUCGAGAGCCAACUUGGUGUACAAUCCGAACGAUACGACGUCGUAUUUGGAGGUGAAGAAUUUGAAUUUAGGCGACGAAGCGGUCUAUAAAUGCGAAAUAACCUAUCUCGACGUGAUAGAAAGUUGCCUCGUGGUGCAGUUUAUUAAUUUAACAGCGUUGAUCGAACCGAAAGAAAUCAAAGUUACCUUGAACGGAGAUGAAAUACAAAAUGGAUCUACCAUCGGACCUUACAAUGAGGGAGAUACGGUCAGUCUUACUUGCGAAGUCAGCGAAGGCAAGCCCAUACCGUCGUUGUACUGGUACAAGGAUAAUAAACAAACCAUUGGUCACUACACACCGAAUGUUGGAACGAACGCUAUGGGCAGUGCUAAAAACCAAAUCGAUAUCAAACUCACGAGGAACGACUUAGGAGCAACUUACGUCUGUCAAUCAUUCGUACAAGGUUUGAACCACUCGUUAUCAGUUCACAUCAGUAUCGAAGUAAACGUGAGGCCAAUCAAAAUGGAACUAAAAGGUCCUCAAACAGCAGUAAAGCAGAAUACAUCGGUUACACUGAUCUGCAACGUGCAUCAGGCCAAACCUGGCGCCAAUGUGACCUGGUACAACGGUAGCGCCCCCUUGGAACGAGAUAGCAAUCAUGUACUAGAAGAGGAUUUUCAAAACAGGAUAUUGAAGACGAAAUCCUACAAAAACUAUGACGGCACCAUCGAUACCAAAAGCAAAUUAACAUUCAUCGCGACCAGACACGAAAACUAUAAAGCCUUCAGAUGUCGUGCCACUAGUCCGGUCAUAAGUAAACAAGAAGAGCCGAUGUUCGAGAGGGAGUUACCGAUAGAAGUACAUUAUCCGCCUAUUAUCACCAUUUCGCCCGAAGAAAUUACAGUUAAUGAAACAACAGAGGUGUUAUUAAGCUGCGAAUACGUGGCCAAUCCGAAGCUAACGAAACCCGGCGUUUGGUAUUUCAAUGGACGUCGUAUUACCGAAAAUGCUACGUUGUACGAUUUCUUCGAUACUAAAUUACGACUGAAGAAAGUGGACAGAAAUUCGUUGGGGUCUUAUUUUUGCAGUCUGGAGAACGAAGUCGGUGUGUCGAAUUCGUCGGAGACUACAGUCAAUGUAUUAUACCCUCCUACGGUGUACGUGGACGCAAACACACCAACCACGGUGAACGAGACUGAUAAACGAGAGAUCUCGUUAAUCUGCAAAGUGAUAGUAGGCAAUCCGGGAGAAUUAAACGAAGUACGAUGGUUUCGUAAUGGAGAACUGAUGAAAAACUCGAACAUGAGUAUUUUGGUGCUAGAUGGAGUACGCAAUAAUCACGGAAAUUAUUCCUGCGCUGGUAAAACGAUCGCUGGCUUGGGACCAACGUCGCCGGUAAUCGAGGUCAUAGUGCAACGUCUACCUGGCACAGCGAAAUUAAAAUACUAUCUCGAAGACGACUACGACUCGGUGAAUUCGGUCGUCGUAAAAGGAAGCUCGAUAGUACUACAGUGCGACGUCGAAGAACGAGGCUGGCCAUUAAACACGCAGUACCACUGGUACAAAGGAAACGUAGAGAUUUUCGGCGCAUCUACCGGCAACACGUUUCACAUACCGAGCGUCGGUAUCGUACAAAAGCUCAAUAAUUAUUCGUGUAAUGCGGCCAACGCGGCUGGAUACGGAGAAAAUGCCACCAUCGCAAUCGACGUUCAUGCUCCUCCAAGCAUCAUAAACACCAUAAAAUACGCCAACGCUUCGAUCAAAGACACCGUAGCUGAUAUAAAAUGCGACUUUGAAUGUUACCCCGAAUGUCGAGUGAUCUGGAGGAGAAACGGAACCCUCAUCGAUAACACCACUGGAGAAUACGAAAUACUCAACGUAGAUAUCCCAGCUGAUCAAAAUAGAAACGAUUUCCCCGGCGUAAGUUCGACGCUAAGACUGAAUAUUAAAGCAUUCCCAGGAGGUGAAUUGAUUCCAAAUCGAGACGAUGCUCAAUAUACUUGUGCCAGUACCGCGAAUGAUGUGGGCAACGGAGUCGAAUCGAAUAUCGAUUUCCGGGUCCAUUUUCCACCAAUUAACAUGAAUUUAUCCAAAAUAAACGGCACGAUUCGCGAAGGUCAUAUACCACCGAGAGUAAUAUGCUCCAGCCAAGCUAGACCGCAGCCUACGUACAGAUGGUACAAUUUGGCCACCAAUAAAACCGAAUCUUACGAGGGCAUAUUGAGUCUGAAUCGUGGCCUGAAUCGGUUCAACGAUACGACGUUCGUUUGCGAGGCGAGCAACUCGUAUGGGAAAAAUAUCAUCUCUUUGAAUUUUGAUUUCGAAUUUAAGCCAUCCUGCGUUGUCGAACCAGCUUCAGACGAUAGUGAUAGAAAAACGUUGUACUGCAAAGCGAUCGGAAACCCUUCACAAAUCGAUUACAGUUGGUAUAAAAACAGCAAAGAAGAUCCCACCAAUGUUACGCUGGAUCAGAGAAGCUCGGAAUUAAUUUUAGAUAUUUUGACCAACGACGAGAGGUAUUUCUGUUUGGCCAAUAAUACCGUCGGAGUCUCCGAACCUUGCUGGAUUGAUGUGCCUGCGUACCAGGAAAAAAGCACAUCCACAGACUGGUUAAUAUUACGUCUACUGAAGACUCCGAAAUACCUUAUCUAUUUAGCAAUCGCCUUCGGUAUCAUAUUUUUCGUGAUAAUUAUCUGCUCCAUAAUCAUCUUCAUUUGCCGAAAACGAAGAGCCAAUGAAAAAUACAAUAACCGCAUUGAUCUGCCUAGCAGACAGAAUUUGGACGCGAAUAACAUAACGGAUGGAACGACACCGGCGCCUAUGAUGCCAAAAUGGCCGCUUAAACCGGGAGUACUCGUACAUGUGAAUAACAACCACAUGUUGAACGCCAGACGUACUAUGACCACGCAGCCGAAUAAUCAGCAAAACAACAUUAAUAACGCCACAAAUGCUAAUAAUAAUAAUAAUCAUCAUCAUCAAAAUCAAUACUACACCGCCACCGAGAAACGUACCAAACGAGGCUCGAACGACUUAAGCAAUAAGAACAAGAACAGUUUUCAUUCAGCGAACGAUGCUCUGCUGCAGCCAGAAAACGAUAAAGCGUUCUAUGAAAAUUUACCAUUUCACGGAAUGCAGAAUCCUCCAAACAAGCCUUUCAGGCCAGAAUUUUCGGACUUGAACUACGCGGACGUCGACUAUCGCUCUUACGGUCCAAUUAAUUACAAAGCGGCUUCGAUUUACGCGGCAGCUCAAAAACAGCGAAACGAAUCGGAAACUGAGUCAGAAGAUUAUCUACUUUGAAAUGUAAUCCAUCCAGGUCGGAGAAGAUGAGCGGCUGUGUUUGCCUAUAUACUUACGAUAUAUUGUGUAUUUGUACCGAUGUAUGCGAAUGUGUGCGAAAACUGAAAAGUUCAUCGAUAAAUCGACUGUCUAGUGUUAUACCUACCUAUAAUAACAUAAAUUUUGAUAACUGUGUACAAUUUAUAAACGCGCACUUUAUAUACAUUUUAUUUGCGAAAAAUCGUUUCAUUUUGUUACCUUUUUAAAUGUUAUUUCAUUACGUGUAUGUCAUAAUAAUGUUUUUUUUUUCUAUUAUUAUUAUCAUUUUUAUUAUUGUAUUAUCAUUUGUACGGUAUAACUCAAUAUUUUUUGUGGUAUUUGACGAAUGUACACGUGUGGUUUUUUUUAAACGAAAAAAAAAAAACGGUCAAAAUUAAGGAAAAUUUUAUUUAAAAAAAAAAAAAAAAAAUGGGAGGUAUCGAUAUUGUGAAAAUUUUUUUAUUAGUGUAGUAUGAGACAAUCACCGGUAAAUUUUUUUCUUUUUUUAAAAAACUAGGUUCUAUUGUUUUGUACUCGUACGUUAGUAUUUAUUUGUAAUUUUUUCAAAGUAUUGGAAAACCCCUGCGAUUACAUUUAAGCCAAAUGAUUUGCGUUAAUUUUUACGAAAAACGAAUUUUUUUCUAGUCAAUUUGAAAUUUGGCUCAUGUGUAAUUACAGCUACUUAUACUGUAUGUAUAUUUCGUUUCUAUAUUUUGUAUACACGAGUGUGUUAUAGUUCGAGUACCCCCUUCCCCUUCCUCUCCUCUUACCACUAUUUCUUUUUCUAUCUGUGUAUAAUGUCUAUUUAUUUAAAUAUGCCCCUACUAAUUCCUCGAAUACCUUUGUAUUAACAAUCAGCCAUGCAAUAUUAUUUUAUUCAUUUAUUUUUUUUUUUUUAGAAUUUUUCAUCGUCCGUUGUGUACCAAAACAAAAAAGAAAAAAAAGAAAAUCGAAAUUUUUCUCAUUUUAUGAAUUUUUUUCUAGUCUACAUUCGUAGCUCAAUACGUGAGAAAACACUUACAUUUUUAUAUAUCUUUUUUUCGUGAUUCAUUUAUCCAUAUCUUUUACUUUCGUACAAGACUUAAUUUUAUAAAUACUCGCGAAACUGCCUUGUUAGUUUUAUAUUGUGGUUUUUUUUUCUUUACGAGAUCCCUGUAAUUUUUUUUUCGUAAUUUAUUUCGAAUCGAAAUCAAUAUUGAAAGUAUUAUAGUCGAACGGUUUCUCAAUACGAAGCUUUUAGAUGCCAUAUGGAUAUGUUUAGGAAACACCUGAGCACGAUGUGACAUGGUGAACGGUGUUAAAAUUCGAGAAUUAUACCUACCUACGAUGUGUUUUUAAUAUAAAAAUAAUUGCAACGACUAAUCCUAUGUAAUUUUUUUUUUCUUUUAUGUACCUUGUAUUACGUGUAACUACUUGUAUGAUUUACCUCUCUCUCUCUCUAUCUACCACUGUGUGUAUUUCUGUUUACAUUGUGAUGUUUUCUUGUAUAAUAUUGUAAAGUUGAUUGUAUUAAUAAAUAAUUGUUGAGAUUUUUAUUUAAA